AUGGGCAAUGUAUUAGAACGAAAUCAUAUCAAAGCAUCUGCUUUAAAUCAUUCAUUACCAUUUGGUUUGUAUAAGAAGAUAAUAAGAAGAAAAUAUAAGAAAAACAAAUCAUUUUCUAAGUCUGAUGAAGGAAAAGUGAUAGAUUUGGAGAAUAACAACGAUAUAGAUGAAACAAAUUCAUGGACAACGACAAUUGGUACCCGAUCAGUUUUUAGUGUGAGCUUUCCAACUGGUGAAAGAGGACGAGACGGUGACAGCGAAAAUACCAUAACUCAGGAUGAUUGCAUUCUUUCUAGAAGUAAUUGCAGUGGAAGAUCAUCAGCAACAAGUUACAGCGUCUCAAAUACAUCUGCCGAUUUUUCAUCAUUCGAAAAUUUAAGCGAAAUAUCGGAACAUACAAUGAUGCGUCCACGACUUGAUGAUAUGGAAUGGUUGAGUGAAGUCCGGCAGUACCAUGAUCGUGAACCUGUCUUCCGUAAAAAACCCCUCAAGGCAGCAUUAAAAAUACGAUCACGCAGGAUAGUACCACAAUUGAAAUGGUACCGCCGCUAUCAUCACUGGGCAAUAAGGCAAUCACCAAAACCUUACAAAGGAAGAGAUGUAUUGAAUCCAUACAUUGAUAAAGCACUGGAAGAGAAAAAUGUUGACUUAAAUGUAUCUGAUUUACAGCGUGGCAUAUUUUAUUUGAAAUGUACCAAUUGCUAA